AUGGAUACGGCUCUUGUUACUUUCAUGGUCCAAACCCCUCCAUCCACCCAGACCGUGCACUUAAUUGGGUCAUGGGACAACUUCAAAAGGCGCUACCACAUGGAACGAGAUUCUCAACGCUCUCGAGGACAGUGGCGAGGAUGUUAUCGUUUUCAAGACAUCAUCUGCGACGGCAAUGAUCGUAAUAAGGUGAAGCGAUCAGGCGGCUUAAAAAUGGGCACUCGAUACUACUAUUACUUUGAGUUGGAUGGUAGUGAGGAAUAUCACGACGUUUCAACACCCUUCACUACUUCUUGUCCAUACUUGCCGGGACAACCAGUCAAUUUUCUCUGGGUGCCAACCCAGAUGCCCUCUCAGCGUCAUCGAAGGGCAUCAACCAGCUCAGUUAUACAACAGUCCAGACAAACUAUAAAUCCAGCUGAUCGCUUUACAAGCCCGCACGCUACUACAGAGAUAAGAAGUACUAUCGGACGACCGCACACCUCGGUUCUGGCUUGGAAAAGAAAGAAAUCAUCCAUAUCCACCUCGGCUGAAUUCUACAAAGCACUUUGGCUGUCAUUCAGCUUGCGCCCGGGACAAAUGCGAUUGUCAGUAGCUGGAAAAUCGGCAUCACGUGAUUUAAGAGGAUCGACUCCAAACAAUCGAUGUACGGAGUCUCAACGUGCGCUAUCGUCGUUCAAUCUCCUUCUGACUAGGCCUAAAACAUGUCGGACGAAAACCAUGUCAUCUGUUUUGAAAGAAGAGACGCAAAGUAAUUCUUCCAAGCACUAUUCUCGCAUCAGGGUCCACCAACAGACCAAAGAACCUUCAGCUAAUGCAAGCAUGUCUAUUCCGUGCCCCCAGAAUCAACCAGAAUGUCCAGCUCCUCUCUCUCCUACGAUUCAAUCUCCCGUCUUUACUACUAAGAUUGGAAACUCGAUACCGAGACACGAGAGGCUCAAUAUCUCUAGUUCUCCAACCUCAUUGGUUACAGCGGAAACAUUAGCUUGGAAUUCUGAGCUACGGACGUGCGCUACUAUGAACUCAAGUUAUUCACCUUCCGAAAGCACUUUUAGCUUUGAGGGAUCAUCUAUCGUAUCGGAUUUGAAUGACGACUUUCUUUACACAGACACUAGUGAAAUGACGCAACCGCAGCUCGAGACAUCCAUGCGAACAGUGCCAAGCUAUUCUCUACCUGGAAAAGAAUACACACAGUGUAAAGGGUCUCUUGUCACGCAGUUCACCCAGUCGACUGAUACCGAAGAAUUUGGGCUAAGGCCCCGCUCAUCGAAAGAUAUAUGUGACAAUGAUGAAAUGACAGCUCUCGAAUAUCUCCAAAUUGAGGCUGGCUAUUUAACUACUCUAAUCAGUGGCUCGGCCUAA